ACCAAAACCAGUUUCCCUACCUCUUACUGCCAGGAGAAGAUGAACUUCCCUAUCUAUCCGAGACAGUGCUGCAGUGAAUCUUUAACAUAAUAUUCUUCACCAAACAAAACUCUAGGAGCAACAUUCAUGAAACCCCACAAUGAAUCUUUAACAUAAUACAAGAACAGAACAGACCGAAGGGAACACCGAACACAUAACUGCUAAAACACGAUGUAUAUUACAAGAACAAAGCAGCUUAGUCAGGGAGAAGUCGAGAGGGAUCAGUUCACACUGCCCUCUGUUUCCGCAAAAUUUCUUACGGUGAAGGAGAGAGCUGACGGUGAAGGAUGGAAGGGGAUGUGCGUCGGCAUUGUCGUAUAAGCUGAGGAUGAUUUCGUGGGUGUGUUUACACCCUAAAAAUAAUUUGGUUUUAGAUAUCGCCGACGUCGCGAGAUUAACGACACCGGUGAUAAUUAAUUUCAGCGGCGUUGAUACCUAAAAAUAAUUUGGUUUUAGAUAUCGCCGACGUCGCGAGAUUAACGACGCCCAGGUGAUAAUAAAUUUCAGCGGUGGUAUUUGGUUUUCGCGUCGAAAUAAUUUGGCACACCCGGUGGGACGCGUGUGUUUGAUGUGAAUACGGCUCCGCGUCGAGGAAAACAAGAUCGUGAUCUUCCACACGCACCUGUGGAGAAGGAGGCACCCGACAUUGAAGUUGGUCACGCGAACGAGGCAGAUAGACGUCGCGAGAUUGAUUAUCACGAUCUUGUUUAGUGGUGGUGUUUGUUUGAGUUAAAAUUUGAAAUUUAAUUUUGGACAAUUACGAUAAAUUGUGUAUUAAACAUUUAAACUUGUAGGACAACAAAUAAUAAUUUUAUGACAACAAAUAAUAAUGUGAUGAUUGUACCUAUAGUUUUUGUACAAAUUCUUUUAUGGUACAAGUUGAACUUGUACCUUUAUGUGAAGUUGUACCAUAACAUAAUUGUACAAAUUGCUUUAUGGUACAACCUGAACUUAUACAUUUAACGUUAUAGUACAAUUUUAAGUUGUACAUUAAAACACCAAUACUUUAUAGUAUACUAGAAUUGCUGGUGAUUUUGCUAUUACAAUUACGAGAAAAAGGCAAACCAAAAAUUAUUUUAAGGAUUAGGGUUUGUUUUGCGUCUUGCUCCCCGGCUCUCUCCUUUUGGUGUCCCCAAAGUUCUUUUGCCAACAGCAGCAAUGGCGACCAGGAUUUUCCGCUGGACAGACCUCAUUAUUACAAGGCCACCGCCGUCCCCUUCCCCAAUCAGCAAACUGCUGGGAGGCGAAGAUCUCCUGAUAGAAAUUCUUAGCCGCCUCGGCGACACAAGAUCUGUAUGGCGAUGCAAAUCCGUCUGCAAGCGAUGGAACUCACUCAUCUCCGCUCCCUACUUCUCUCGCCGUUUCGUUUCCCGGAGCCGGUCCGUCAAUGCGGAGCCGCCUCUUCUGAUCCCCUCGGGCGUCCGGGGACCGAUCUGGAGCUUCCUCCCGGUCCCCGAAGAAAUUCCCUUCGGAGCCAUCGUUCUAGAUUGCGCCGAGGACCUGCUCCUGCUCACGUUCGAGGAUUGGAGCGGGAAGAACCAUCUCGAAUUGCGAAGGUCGUACUUGGUCUGCAAUCCGUUUACGCAGCAGUGGGUCGCCCUGCCUCUAGCCCCCGAGAGGUCGGCUAAAUCGAUUGCGAGAAUAUUAGUUCGCGAUCGGCAGCCUGCCUCUAAUUCGAGGAGGAUUCUGAACUUGGACGACGGAAAAGAAGUAGCAUCUCCUGAUCAUUGCGGCUACGAAUUCUGCGUCGUGAUCAUGUCCGACUUGUAUUCGGAGCUGGACGUGUUCUAUUCGAGAUCUCGGAGCUGGAGCAAAUCACCUGUCGAGGGAUCGUUGAUUUCGUCGUCAUGGGACAUUGCGGUUUCUUGGAAUGGGAAGUUGUAUUGGAAGAAUCGUCACAGAGGAUUGCUUGUUGGGUGGAAUCCUUUCGGCCUAUUCGACGACGAAGAUGAUGAUGAUGAUAUUCGUCAUAUAUCAUUACCCCCAGCUUUAAUUAGUGCGAAUCAUUUGGAAUCUUCAUCCACCGUUUGGGUCUCGCAAGGUGUUCUGCACAUGAUUCUGCGGGAAAAGAUGUACAAAGAAGAUGAUUAUUUGAGCGUGUGGAGAUUAGAUGAAGGAGGAGUGGGUUGGAGGAGAAGGUACAGUAGAGUGUCGUUGAAGAAGUUAAUUUGUGAUAGUCGUGUGUUUAGAGGGUCGAAGCUCGACAUAUAUAGCCCGGUCGCCAUUCAUAUAGAGAAGCCGGAAGUUGUGUUUCUGCUGAGUUCUGUUCGUGGGAAGACGGCUAUCAUUUCCUGCAACUUGAAGAAGAAAGAGCUGGGGUUAUUCGCUUAUCAAAGAGAUUGUGCGCUGGACUACCAUGUGUUCCAGCCUAGGGUUACUGUCUGGCCUACUCCGAUUCCAAAUUACGAGGAAUUGCGAGGUGCCUAUAAUGGAAGCUUCAGUUGUUGGAUUCAACCGAGCGAACAAUCAACAUCGUAAGAAAAUGAGGAAUCGUUACAGCGAAGUUUUGUACAUACAUUCAAGUGAAUUUUUGUUUAUCUUAUGGAAGAUUUAUAUUAUAAAUAUAAGUUCUAUAUAAAAAGACGUAUCAGUUCCAGCUGCGAGUGGAAGCUGGGAAUUUGUUUGCUAUAUAUUUCACUAAACAGCUUUAGCUAGUAGUCUCCCAAGUAUUAUAGUUGGUUAAUCAAAUGUGAUGUAAACAUGUGUCCAUACUUUUCCAAUAAGUUUGGAUUAAAUGUUCCACCAACAAGAUAUUUCAGUAGACUAAAAAAACUUUAAGUGUUCCCAUUAAUGUAUCAGCUUAUGAAAUUGACAUUGUUGCUACUUGUACUGACUGCCCGACAAACCGAGCCGGUUCGAUGCCAUGGUUGUGGAUUGCUUCAGGGACUUGCUCUUGCUCAAACUAACAAGGUAGACUCGUGAUGAUGAUGAAUUGGACAGGACGUACUUGGUGUGCAAUCCGUUUACGCAGCAGUGGGUCGCCCUUCCUUUAGCCCCUAGGUUUAAGAAGUGCACUUGAACAAGUUGAUUCGUAAUGGUGGUGAAUUCGAUGAUGGGAUGAUCCUGUCCAUUAACGGAGUACUUGGUGUUCAUUCAGAGAAGUUCUGAAAUGGUGUUUUUGAGAAGUUAUUCCGGUGGGGAGUGGGUUAGGAUUCUUUGUUGCAAUAUGAGAAUGGAUGAGACAGAGGUGCUCACCGAACACAUACCGGUUUACGACGUAUUUCAGCCAAAGGUUACUCUUUGGCCUACUCCGAUUCCGGACUACGAGAAAUUGCUUGGAACAUACAACGGAAGCUAUGAUCAUUGGUUCCAGCCGAGCAAACAAUCGACCUCGUAAAAAUAGGGAAGCACUAGUAUUACAGCGAGAUUUUAUUUUUAUUUUUUUCGGUUUUUUUCUAUUUUAUUUGAAGGUUUUUCUUAUAUAAGUAAAGUUAUAUUUUAUAG